CACAGCGCCUCCAGUGUUGUGAGCUGCCCUACUGCGCCACUGGCGUUUUGCAGCAGAGAUGUUGCAGGUCGGGAUCGAGGCCGCCAGUUUCAUUGUGGCAAGCGCGUUUAUUCUCAGAGAGUGGAAGGCCUCCAGGAGGUGGGGAGGACAACGCGGCGCGAAACCGGGGGUGGAGGACGUUGGAGGUCGAGGGUCGAGGCCGCAAGCAGUUUCAUGGUGUGAAAACCUUCUUGGAUUUCCUCUUCACUCGAAGGAUGGGAAAGAAGAGGAGAAUCAGAAGCUGAUGCAGGACGUUCGGUGCUCGACCCACCGACCGCGGACCGACUCCAGGAGCGUCUCAGGCUUCUCUGAAAACUGACAGAAAGGACGCCAAAGGCCCUAGGGUCGCUGGGCGGCAACGUCCGAGCUGUGGACUCCGUGGCUUCCCGGUAGAGGACGCGUGGAAGAGAGGUGCAAACGGCGCAAGCAUUUCGCCUGAACUUCUUGAGCGUGUUUCACCUCCGUGGGACUGGUUUUGCGAGUGGAGA